CCCUGCUCUUCUCAUUCGUUUAUCGGUCAUCGACCGCCAUCCCUCCGGCUAGAUAACAACGCCACGCAGCGCGUCCCGUCCUAGUAGACUCGCGGCAGAAGAAGGCGCAAUGGCGUUCACCAAAAAGUACCUCCCCGUGAUGUCCUUGCUUUGUGGGCAUGGCAAGUGACGUUCUCGCCCGGGUUCCCCGUCUUCCCUUCGCCAUGUUUGGCGCCCCGCAAAUCGCGCGGCCGCCGGGGAGGUCAGGUCGCGCGCCCUGCCAGUCUUCCCGUGCCCGGGGGCAUGCAGUCGCGGACCCUGCCCGCACGCAGGCGAGUGGGGCCUGCCCGCCCGCCCUCGCGCCGCGCGGCGGCCCGCCCAGGGCCCGGGGGCAGCGACUCAGCGCCCCCAAAACGCGAAAUCGUGCGCGGAGGAAGGGCUCGGGGACAUCAGCGCGACCCGCGAUGGAGCGACACGGAUAACGCACCGCCGGAGGGGGCGCGUGCGGCUUCUCCGCA